AUGGAAGCAAGGACAAUAACCCGCCCAGCGGCCACCCUCCUCCGCGGCGCCGCCAGACCAUCCCCCUCAUCCUCACCAUCCCUCACCCUCCGUCGCGGCCACAAGACCACAACCCGCACAAAGAAGGCCCUCAAGAUCGCGCCCCACCCAGACUUCCUCCCCUCGACCGCCGGCGACACAAUCCUCAUCAACCCGCCCUCCGCCGCCCCCUCCGUCUUCCACACCCCCUUCAAGUUCCUCCCGCCCACCGACCCCCGCCGCCGCGCCAACCUCUCCCACCUCUUCGCCUCCUCCUCCUCCUCCGCUUCCUCUGCGGCAGCCACACCAUCGGCAGAAGGGACAAAACUCCCGCCCGCCCUCGCCGUCCCCUCCCGCGGCGCCAACCCGCGUUACCACCUCACCCCCGCCGACGUCGCCGAGAUCCGCCGCCUGCGCGCCGCCGACCCCGUCACCUGGUCCGUCUCCGCCCUCGCCCGCAAGUUCGACUGCUCCGAGGUCUUCGUCACCAUCUGCACCCCCGCGCCCCGCGAGCACAAGGAGAAGCUCGCCCAGAAGCUCGAGAGCGUCAAGGACGGCUGGGGAAAGAUCCGCACAAAGGCCCGCGAGGACCGCUCGCGCCGCAAGGAGAUGCUCCUCCGUGGUGAGCUGUAA